CUUGUGUGAUCGGCAUUGCGGUUGCGAUCGCGAUUUUUUUCGAUUCCGUCGAUUCCGUCACUGCUGCCACACGUCUACUCGUCUGCGGCGACACAACAACAACACAACACAAACACAAACAUUGUGAUUGUGCGUACAUCGUACUUGACAGUGUACACAGAGUGCAAUUUUGAGAGAAGAGCGAUCGUGCAUUCCUGAGCGCGAACAUAAAUUGAUACUUUAAGCCCUUGGCACCGAUGCCGUAACAAUGAACAACGGAGAUAAGCUGUCAAGGACAGCAGAAACAGAUAAGACAGAGACCAUGGAGGACUCUGGAGAACAAGGAACGGAGCUUUGCAGUCAUCAUAAUGUGAUUCUGAAAAGCUACAAAAAUUAUGACAAUUUUGGGGUCCUCAGCCUUGUCCAAUAUGGACCUGUCAAGUACAUAGAAUGGAAAGCAGCAGAAGUUAAUGUGGACUCAGACACUCAGGAUCAAGAGUGGGCAGUUGUGAGCACAGGUCGUAGCUCUCGCCAUCGGAGCAACAGUGAAUGCAUUCGUGCAGAACCACUACGGCUCAACACAGUUAACUUAAAGAGCUUUAAAGUGUCUCGUCAUAGACAUGGGCAACAUCUUACAUUUGCUAAAAGAGAUGAAAGCCGCUCUUUCAUCACUUUUAUCUUCUAUCAAGCAAAUGCUGACAUUUUUGUAAAAUCCUUAAUGGGCCAUCUGAAAAUUUACAGGUCGAAAAAGGACAAAAACCUGUACCAUUUGGAUGAAGAUGACAACCAAGAGACACAGGAGCUAAGGCGCUCCUUUGCAGAGUUGAAUUUAUUCACAGAAACCACACCUUAUGGCAUGUGGAACUUUAUUGGGCAGUUUAGACAGAGACCUUAUGAAACCACCAUGGGAGCGUUUUGCAAAAUAACUGACGCAUUAUUGUACAGACCUGCAGAAGAUGAUGAAGAUGAUGAAAACCAUGUUGCAGAGUUGCUCAAUCAGUCUCUUAACAACUUUGAUGAUCCAGUGAUUGCAAAUGUAAGUGGUGAGGAAUACGAGGUAAUUGGAAGCCACACAACUCCUGUCUUGCCUUCAAGACCUCUAGUAACUCGAGGCUCUCCAUUAUCUGUUGACCGUUGGGCACAAGCCAUGGAUGCGGAGGGCAAAGUCACCGAUUUUGCAGCCAUUAAAAAAAUUGUCUUUCAUGGGGGAGUAAGUCCAACUCUGCGGUAUGAAGUGUGGAAAUUUUUACUUGGAUAUUAUCCAUGGAAUUCAACGUAUGCUGAAAGAAUGCAUUUAAGAAAAGCAAAGGUGGAGGAAUAUUUCAAAAUGAAACAACAGUGGAAAAGUAUGACUCCAGGGCAAGAAGAAAGAUUCUCUGACUUCAGAGACCGCAAAAGUCUAAUUGACAAGGAUGUCAAAAGAACUGAUCGGGUUCUACCUUUCUUUGCUGGUGACGAUAACCCAAAUGUGGAAGUGUUAAAUAGCAUACUUAUGACCUACCUGAUGUACAACUUUGACUUGGGCUACGUCCAAGGCAUGAGUGAUCUCUUGUCUCCUAUACUCCAGUUAAUGUCAAAUGAAGCUGACACGUUUUGGUGCUUCGCUGGUUUCAUGGAGAGAGUAUGCACUAAUUUUGAUAUGGACCAGGCCGGCAUGAAGCUGCAACUGCAACAGUUGCACACCUUACUGUCUGUGCUUGAUCCUCAAUUCACUCAAUAUUUAGAUCGACAUGAUUCAGGCAACAUGUUUUUCUGUUUCCGUUGGUUACUGGUCUUGUUUAAGAGAGAGUUUUCUCAGGAGGAUAUCAUGCGCUUAUGGGAGGUGUUUUGGUCAGAUUUGCCAUGCCCCAACUUCCACCUUUUAUUCUGUGCUGCCAUUCUUGAUUCUGAAAAGGAGACACUCUAUGCUAAUAAUUCAGGCUUCACAGAAAUAUUGAAGCAUGUAAAUGAACUGUCUAUGACUAUAAACAUCGACAGCACUCUGUGCAAAGCAGAAGGAUUGUAUGCCCAACUUCUCAGUAUUGAGAGCAAUCUGCCGGAUGCAGUGAGAAUAAUAAUUGGUUUAGAACCCUUGAAUGCAACUGCUGGAGACUCUGAAGACGAUGACAUUGAAGAUGAUGAUGGGGAUGCUAGCACUCACGCGGAGCAUGACUCUUCGAUUGAAACAGUGACCCUUGGAGCAUUAGGUGGAGAAGUUGCCUUUGAUCGAGGUAUCAAUCUCCAGUACUUGUGAGAAGAGAUUACAUACAGCCAACUUCAGUUUUUCUAGUUAAUAGUCAUAGAAUGGGUUCCUGGAAAAAACAUUUUGUUUGCCUUUCUUUAUAUUAUGCCUUUUUUGACCUGAGUAUUUGUUGAACCUACCAUCAGAGAGGAACUAAUUGUAUAUUAUUUCAUGCCUUGCUCUCGGGCUUCCCUUUGCUGUAGCUCUAUGAAAGGAAAUGUUUAAUAAUCCAAAGACUUUUACAUUAGCACUACUUUUAGGAGUAUGAAACUCUGUGAUCACUUAUCCUAUCUAUGAAUCACUGUAAUAUUUACUGAGGCACUAAUAUUUUGUAUAUGUUUAUAAUGUGAUAUUAAAAAAACAAAAACACUUCUGUUGCAAAAUUUAAA